CAGUGUCACUUCUCUUGAAUUAAGGAAUGUGUUAGUUUCUUAUAUUUCGAAGCUGACAAGACAAAGUACUCUUUAGUUAUUGAGUGAAAAAUCAGUAUCACUAUUUAUAUUAUACUAUGUAACAAAAUUUCACUUUUGUUGUGUUCCUGGGAAAUAAGCAUAUUUCCCAAUUCUUUAUAACUAAACAAAAUAUUAAAAAACAAUUUUGAUCCCAGAACUUUGUUUCUGUGGUCAGGACACUUCUGGAACAUUUUCAAGAAAGACUGAUGUAAAACUAUUAUGUUCUAGGGUUUUGCUUGGCAAAUAUAACAACAGGGGCUCACAAACCAGCAUUCUGUUCAGCUCUAGCUACCAGAAAAGACACAUCAGAAGUCAAAUGGCAUCAAGAGGCUGCAAUCAUUCUCCAGAUGUAUUCUGCUACUUAUGUAGUCAAUUCAUUAAGACAAGAGCAAAGAAGUUCUCUGUAACAGCAUCUAAAAAAAUGUGUGAAACUUGCAAAGCAUAUUUUGGCAUGCCGGUUGGAGACCAAGACAAGAUCUGGGCACCUCACGUUGCUUGUGAGCAAUGUAAGAAAACACUGGAAGGAUGGUAUAGAGGAGAAAGAAGAGUCAUGAAGUUUGCUGUUCCUAGAAUAUGGUAUGAACCCACUGAUCACUCAGCCAACUGCUACUUUUGCCUAGCGGAUCCUUUCAGAUGCCGAACUGGGAAAAAUGCACCUGAUAAUUCUUAUCCAGACCUUCCCUCUUCUAUUGCACCAGUACCACACAGUGCUGAUCUUCCUGUACCUGCACCUCCAGAAAGAAGUCAACCAACAGAAGAAGAAAGAAGCAAAUCAGAAAAUGAAGAGCACAGCUAACAAGACUAUGAUCUCACAGAUGCAGCUGUUGGGAGGAAUCCUUACUACCCCAAUCAAACAGACCUCAGUGAUGUUGUGCAAGAAUGGUAUAUAAUACCGACAAGAUGAAAUUAAGACACGUGUAACAUCUGGGUAUCUUUAUUGUAGACGUUUCGCCAUCCAGUGGCUUUAUCAAUACAAAUUCCAGGACAUAACUUGAAGACAGUAGGACUAUAUACAGAAGAUGAGGUAAUCAGUCCCUCAACCUUGGAGUAGGUGCGAAGAGCACCAUAGUUGUGGAGA